AUGGAGCUCUCGGAAAAUGACACAGACCACUCUCAUCAAGAAAUCCAUGGAGAACCUCCUUACGUGAUAUUGUUUCUUUUCGUUUCGUUCUCUGUCGGAGCAUUUGUUCGAUGGAACUUGAAAAGAAUACAUCUGCCCUACACUGUCGUGUUAUUUAUUGUGGGGAUAAUAACUGCUCUAAUUUCAUUCCGACACGAAAGCUUGAAGAACUACAUAAAUAUCGUCCACCUUGAUCCACACACCAUUCUUCAUAUGUUUCUGCCAGUCUUGAUUUUUGAGUCUGCUUUUUCUUUGGAUGCUCAUUUCUUCAUAAAAUCUUUCAAUCAGUGUAUCAUCCUUGCAGUGCCUGGUUUAGCCAUUGCGUCUGGUUUAACAACUAUUUUCGCCUAUAACAUUUUCCAUGAAGACAGCUGGGGUUGGAUCGAUUCCAUGUUUCUUGGUGUAAUUGUAAGCGCCACGGAUCCAGUUGCGGUAGUUGCUUUGCUCCGGGAAUUAGGUUAGAAACUAAACUUAUUUGGCUCAGUUACUUGGGCUGCCAAGGCCUUGUCAACAAUAGUGGAGGGAGAGUCUUUGCUUAAUGAUGGAGCUGCUAUUGUUAUCUUUGAAAUUCUGCUGAAGCUCAAACUCUCUCCUCAUGGACUUUCAGUUGGAUCGAUGAUGUUGUUGUUUUGUCGAAUUUCUCUGGGAGGACCUGCCUUUGGUUUUCUGAUGGGAAAGACUGCUGUGUUUUUUCUGACAUGUAUUUACGCCGACAACGUCAUUGAAGUUACAAUAACCCUUUGUGUAGCCUACCUUACAUUCUACUUAGGCGAAUCUGUCUUAGGGGUUUCAGGUGUAUUGGCUGUCCUUGUGGUGGGAGUAGUAUUAAGCAGAGAGAAGGCAAGCAUUAGUCCCGAAGCGGAAAGUACUGUUCACAGUUUUUGGGAGAUGUUGUCCUACUUAGCCAAUACCCUAAUUUUUAUUGAAGUGGGUAUUUUAAUCACUGAAAAAGGAGCAGAGAGUAUCGAACGGGAUGACUACUUUCUUAUUUUCGCAACAUACAUGGGUAUUACCUUAUUUAGAUUCAUAGCAAUCACCGCGCUUUAUCCAGUGCUAUCACGUUUGGGCUAUGGAUUGAACUGGAAGUGGAUAGUGGUACUAACGUGGGGAGGUCUGCGGGGAGCAGUGGGGUUGGCAUUAGCUCUUCUUGUUUCUAAUCAUUCAGGGUUCGGCAGUACAGGACAAAAGAUAUUCAUCCAUACAGGUGGAAUUGUUAUGUGUACCCUCAUCAUCAAUGCCACUACUAUGAAGACCAUUCUAAAGUUAUUGGGUAACUGA